AUGAUGGACGCUAAUAGAGCUGAAAUGGAACUUGAAAGUACAAAAUUACGUAAACAAUUAAUUACAUUUCAAUCUGAAUUAGAAACUGUUCGAGCUAAAGUUCAAAAAUUAACUGAUGAAAAUGAUUCUUUACGAUAUGAAUUACGACAUAGUGUUGAAGAGCGUCUAUCAGGAAUUCAUCCAGAUACUUUCUUAAGUUUAAAUAAUGAUUCUAUUAUUGAAGUACAAAAACGACAAAUAGAAUUAUUAGAACAAGAAAAAGAACACGCAAUGAAAUUAUAUGAAGAGAGUAGACAAACAGUCGUUAAACUUGAAGAAAAAAUCGAAGAUUUAGAAAAUCCAUUGAAACCACAUUUAAUUAGACUUGAUAUGGAAACUAAACAAGCACAAGAAGAACAUGCUCGAGCUGAAGUACAACUUAUACAAGAAAUAAAUAUGAUACGUGAAGAACUUACAAAACGAAGUAGAGAAUUAGUGAAUUAUCAAUUACAUGUCAAAGAAUUAGAACGACAAAAUGAAACACUUCAAGCGGAAGUUUAUCAGAAAGUAUAG